AUGCCGUCUGCUGAGCACGCGCACUUUAACCAGUACAAGACCGCUAGGACUCUGUACGACUCUGUUGUUGCGCGCUACUCCUCCCCUGCCACUGCUGCCCUUAGCCGCCUCAUGCUGCCGUACGUGUUCCCUGACCUAGCUGCUUUUGCCACACUCGCUGACCUCAUUACGCACCUCCGCACUAGUGACACCCGCUACCGCGCUGCGCUUCCUCCCGAGUUCUGCGCCGCGAACCUCCCACCUAUGUACAUCAUUCUCUACUACCUCGUCACCCAGCUCCCUGACUCCCUUCGCUCGGUCAGGGACCACUUCCCCUCCCUUUACCCCACCACGCUCACCGUUGACCUCCUCAAGGAGCGCCUCCUUGCGGUAGAGAAAAGUAUAGUCGCUGUAGGAGCCUCUCGUGGUGACCCUCGUGCCCCUUUCUUAGAGGGGUGCUCCCCCCUUCCCCUUUUGCCUUCUGUUGCCUCUCCGGCUGUUGUCGACCUCAUUGGCACCGAGCCGGUCGGCGCUGCGUCUGCUUCUAGCGGGAGGCGCCGCAGCGGCAGGAGCAAGGGGGGCAAGGGUGUUGGAGGAGAUAGUGGGGGUGGCGGUGGUGGCGGUGGAGGCGGCGGAGGGGGUGGGGGUGGAGGCCAGCGCAGUGGGGAGACAUGCGGGGGGCCGCACGCCACGCACCGCUGUUUUGGCCGCCUGACUAACGCCUGGCGUGCACAGUUUCCUGACGCCACGGAGCUCCCUCGCUCGCUGGGGUGA